AUGGCGAGAGAUGUGACUGUGAGUAUACCAGUCGAGUCUACAGACACGUCCACUACCAGUCAAUCUACGUUAAGGACACCUCUGCCCUGUGUAAACGUCAGAGCAGUGGGGUCCCCGGUGCAACAGAUCGGGGACGUAAUCAGGGGGAAUACAGACCCUGCCCCCACAGAGGGGGGCAUUCCGGUAUUCACUUCUGGUACUAUCGACGUUUCACCGAAUGUUGAGCCUUCUGGAUCAUUCAGGAUGAAAGACAAAAUUAAGGAAUCACGUCAACAAGCGCUGGACAUACGAAGGACUUCUUUGAACCCUUAUAAGUCUACGUGUGCGGAUAACGCGCACCCGUUGCCUAGGAAAAAGAGGUCGGAAAUUGAAAUAGAGUUAGCGCAGAGGGAAUAUGAAACCGCCAAAGCUCGUGAAAAGCUGGCUCGAGCGAAAUUAUUGGCAUUACAGGAACAAGAGGAAACCGAAGAUGAAAUUUACGAACAAGAACAACAUGUCGAAGAAUGGGUAAUCCAGGCUUCAGAUGAAUUUGAAAAUAAAAGUCAGCACCAGGCGUCAAGGCAAGAUGAAAUAUCGACAGUACAAUUACUUGUACAGGAAAUCAAGAAGUUAAACGAAAAAGAUAGAGAUAUCAUAGAGUUGCCUUCAUUCAGUGGCGCAAGUGCAGAGUGGCUAAAUUUCAAGAAAGCUUAUUUUGAAUCAGCUGAGAACUUUUCCCACGCAAUGAACCGAGCGCGCCUUCGCAAGGCUCUACGAGGAACUGCCAAGGAGGCAGUGGAAAGCUUGAUGAAUAGUGUUGAUGAUCCAAUGAUCGUAAUGCAGCACCUUGAAGAUAGAUUUGGUAGACCUGGAUCUUUAGCACUAGCAGAGUUAGAAAAAAUGAAACGAAUAAAUCCAGUGAAAAAUGAUCCAAGAGAUAUUUGCAGAUUCGCCAGCCAGGUAAAGGCCUCUAUUUCUGUCAUCAAAACCUUGAAGAAACCACAGUAUCUUCACUCACCAGAAACUUCCAAUUGCAUAAGGGAAAAAAUGUCAGUGAACAUGUUUGAUAGAUACGUCGCCUUUUAUAGCCGGUAUAGAGACACUGAAAUAGCUGACUUAGAAAUUAUCGAUUUAUUCCUUACCGAAGAAAUACAAAAUUAUGGAGUUUUCGCUCCACCUGAAGUUGGUGAUACCAUAACGCCGCAGUACGUGAAUACAAGAAGCAUAGUUCACGCUACGUUAGAGCCAGAAGAGAGAAAACAAGAAUCACCGUCGACUAGUCGAGAAAUAGCCAUUCGUACAAUUAAAAGUGCAUGUACCUUAUGUGAUGAGAAUCAUGGCCUAUUAGAAUGCAAGAAAUUCAGAGAAGCAAGCGUAGAUGAACGAUGGGAAAUUGCGAAGAAAGCUAAGAUAUGUUUCAAGUGCCUUCGUUACAGACACCAGAGACUGGACUGCAAGGCUCCACCCUGUAGAAGAUGCAGGAGAUACCACCAUGUAGCUCUUCAUUCUGAAAGACCCGCACCAGCUGCAGUCCAGCAGAAGAACGAGUCGUGCAACAAUGUCGACUACGAAGAUGAAAUAUAUCACGAUGAAGAUGAUUAUUAUUGUGAUGAUGAACCAGAAGAGAAAAUUGUAUCCAUCAAUACCACAGUGACUAAAGGAAAGGUGUAUCUGAAGAUGGUGCCAGUGAAUCUAUAUGGCCCAAAAGGAAAAGUCCGAGUGUUAGCAUUGUUAGAUGAAGGAUCUACAAUUACGCUGGUAGAUUCCUCGAUCGCAGAGAAGAUUGGAGUUGAAGGAAAGAGAGAACCAUUGACAAUAGAAACAGUUGGUGGAAACGAAUUGAAGAAGAAUAAUUCCUUAAGGGUUAAGUUGAAAAUAAAAGGCAUCAACGGUGGAGAAAUAAUGACAAUGGAAGCCAGGACAAUAGACGAUUUGAAGUUGUCAGAACAAGAAGUUGGCACGAAAGUAAUAAACGAUUGCCCUCAUUUGGUAAAAAUCAGAAAAGAACUCGUUUACGCCGGUGAAAAGCCUAAGCUUCUUAUAGGACAGGACAAUUGGGAAUUGAUUGUCACAAGGAAACUAUUAAAAGGAAAGGCCACCAAACCAGUGGCAUCACUUACAAAACUAGGAUGGGUUCUGCAUGGAUUUGACACAACUGCUAAUGCUGUAGUUAACUUCGUUAACCACUGCCGAGCUAAGGAAGAUGGAAUAGAAGAAAUCACCAGAGAACACUAUAAACUGGAGUCUUUGGGAAUACAACCUAAUUUGCCGAGUAAUGACAGUGACCGAAGAGCCUUAGAAGUUCUAGAGAGUACCAUGAAGAAACUACCAAGUGAUCAAUACGAAACAGGACAGCGUGGAGAAGAUAGAAAGAAGAAACCUGAAGAAUAUCGGAUGACUUCGGUAAUCUUUGGAGCUGCAUCAUCUCCAGCGACCGCCAUAUACGUCAUGAAUAAAAACGCUAAGGAAUACGGAAAAUCUUUCCCUGAAGCAGUAAAAGCAAUUGAAAGGAACCAUUAUAUAGACGAUUACCUGCAAAGUUUCAGGACCACUGAAGAAGCAAAGCAAACGGUAGCAAAAGUGAAAGAAAUUCAUGAAAAGGCAAGUUUUCACUUGAAAGGCUGGGCUAGCAAUGAUGCGAGAGUAAUUGAGGAAUUCAGAGAAAAGAUACAGAAUGAUUCUUUAGAACUCACGAAAGAAGAAAAAACUCUUGGUUUAAGAUGGUUGGUAAAAGAAGAUGCAUUGGCUUUUAAUGUUGGUUUACGAAAUACCUCGGAAGAACUCAUGAAUGGGAAGAAAAUUCUCACCAAACGAGAAGUAAUGAGCGCGGUCAUGUCAACAUUUGACCCAUUGGGAUUUGCGACACCUGUAUUGAUUCAGGGGAAGAAAUUAAUUCAAGAUAUUUGGAGAACGAAAAUUGACUGGGAUGAAGAAAUUCACGAAGAUCAAAUGAAGUCAUGGUUGAAGUAUUUGGAAGAAGUAUCCACUCUAAAAGAAUUAAAAAUCGCAAGAUGUAUCUCACCGUACUCACAAGAAGGAGAAUUACAUACCUUUACAGACGCAAGCGAAGAAGCUUAUGCCGCAGCCGUGUAUUGGCGGACUAAAAGAUCUGAUGGGAAGAUACACGUUACCCUAAUUGCAGGGAAAGCAAGGGUCGCACCGACGAAACCCAUUUCGAUUCCAAGGCUAGAACUGCAGGCUGCUUUACUAGGGACAAGGUUAGCAGCGACAAUAGAACGCGAAAUGGAUCUACGUGUGCUAAAGAAAGCAUAUUGGACCGACUCAAGUACAGUGUUGCAAUGGAUUAAAUCUGAUCCUCGAAAAUUUAAAACCUUCGUAGCUCACCGGCUGGCUGAAAUCGAAGAAUCGACAAACGUUGGAGAAUGGAGGUGGGUGCCUACUAAAGAAAAUCCAGCCGACGAUGCGACGAGAGGGACGCCAAAUGACUUUGAACAAGCAGCAAGAUGGUUCCAAGGCCCUUCUUUCUUGCGCAAAAACGAGGAUGAAUGGCCUGUGAGAAGAUUUGAAAAAGCGAAUGAAAAUCUGGAAAAGAAAGAAAGAAGGCGACAAGACAAAGGAAGAAUAAUACCGUCAACGCCGCCAAGCAGAAGGAAGAGAAAUGAUAACCAAACAGAAAAGCCCAGAGGAAAAAGAACGAACAAUAAUAAGGAAGAACGCGAAUUACGGACCGGCAAACUACCGGAGGAAUGCUAA